UACCGAACUGGAUGGGACAUCAGCUCUUUACAAACGACCCCAGAUAUGAUCCCAGAUCUGCAAUGUGGCAACAACAUCGUCUGUUUCAAACCUGGUUCUGAUGACAUUUGCUCUAUUAUGACUUUCACCUUCACAUCCUGCACCAACACUUCCAUUCAGCUCAACAGACACAUCACCCGCGAUUUUUUAGAUGUCAAAAAUAUAAAUCAAACUGCUCCAACACAAUUUCCUGUAGAAUUUGAAACAAAAUUACCUCCAAACUGCAACCUCUCCAUUGAUUACACCUGUCAUAUUUUCUAUCCUCGUCGAGACUACUACCCAUGGUUUGACAGAUUCAAUGAGGCAAAUGAUCGUGGACCUACACACCGAUGGAUUGACAGAUUCAAUGAGACUAAGAAUCUAUCUGAGCUGGAGCCUUUCAUGGACUACGAGUGUAUCGGUCUCAUCAAGGACACGAACAAUGUCAACGUAUACGACACAACUGAAGUUAAAGUCCGGAUCGACUGUGAUCUCAAAAUAGACUUCACAAAUACAAGCACCACCAACACAUCCUCUCAGCUGACUUGGACCACGACCAGUAACAGAUGUAAAGACGUGAUUCAGAAUCUUCCGAAGCUUUCGUUCCACUGCAGCUGUGUAGAUUCAGCCCAACGUGUAAAGUGUGUCACAGGUUCCAAAAAGCCUUCAGGAGGAACCUGCUACAUUACUGAUCUGCAGCCAGACACGGACUACACCUGCUGGGUCCAACCCGACUACAACGACUGGGAAUCCGAGAACUCCUCUUCUGUUAAACUGAAAACUAAGAUUGGAGAUAAUGACAAAGCUGGAAUUGUUUUUCACGUCUUCCACAUCCUCCUCACGUCUGGAGCUCUGCUGCUCGUCGUCUACAAGAUCUAUGACUUGAAGCUCGGGAAGUCCCAUUGCUGCUGGAUGGAGAAACCAGGUGACAAAGGGCAGGAAUCUCUAAAGCUGUCUGCUUUAGAGAAAGAGGUUCAGGAGCUGCGGAAGCUUCUCGUCGAGACACAAACAAGUCUCGAGGCAUCAAGGCAGCCCCAGCGAGCAGAGAGCUCUGCCUCAUCCAGCCGCCCGGCCCUCAUGCUGCCGGUCCAGGGUCACGGAGCGGUGCCUGGACUGAUGGAGCAGCACGAGCAGAGCAAACUCAGGAAGGAGAAAACUGAAGCUCAGAGCAGGGCGAGGGAGGGUGACUGCGAGCCCUGUAAAGACAGCAGGUGGCCUGGAUGUCCCUGAAGGUGGAGCAGUCGAAGACGGCCGUGAUCGUCUUCUUUCCCGUCUUGUAGGGAUAAAAGAAGAUGUUGAUACGGAACUGUUGUUUUGGUGCCAGGUCCGGGAGCCUGUGAGAGACGCAGAGGACCAUGAGGAGUUCUACAUUUACAGCAGCAGCGUUUAUUAGCAGCAUUAAACUGGAAAACCUUUCAAUAUUACAACUGAAGCUGAGAUUCGAUCAUCAGUACUCUCUUUUAAAAUGUGCUGGUUUUACAUUUGCUUCAUUUGCUUCAUCAACUGCGAUUUUAACGUUUGACAACAUUAACGUCUUUUGUUGUUUUUUAUAUCUUAUUUUUAAUUUGUAUUAGUCCUGAUGAUAUAUUAAAAUUUGAAAUUACUAAUGAUGUAUAGUAUAUAGAGAAAUCAGAUUUUUUUCUGCGAUUAAUAAUUGAAGCACUUGAAAACAAAUAAAG